AUGAUUAAUAGACUUUGCAUUGAAGCACUUGACAGGACAAUGCAAGAUAUUCUAAGAUUCAAGAAUGUUCACAGUCUCGACCAGCCUUUUGGAGGUAAGACAGUUGUUUUUGGUGGUGAUUUUCGACAAAUAUUACCUGUGAUACCAAAGAGUAGCAGACAAGACAUUGUUAAUGCAAUAAUCAAUUCCUCAUAUAUAUGGGAUAGUUGUAAGUUGUUGUCACUCACGAGAAACAUGCGUCUCCAAGUUGACAUGGAUGAGGAAAGAAACAAUGAGAUAAAAGAAUUUGUUGAAUGGAUUUUGGCCGUUGGAGAUGGCAGGUUUGGAACAUCCAUGGAUGAGAUUGACAAGAUAAAAAUUCCCGAAGAUAUUCUCAUCAAUGAUUGGGAUGAUCCUAUAGUCUCUAUAUGCAAAGCAACAUACCCUGAUUUGUUUUUGGGUGCAAAUUGUGUAUCCUAUGUCAAAGAAAGAGCCAUACUUGCACCCACACUCCAAAUGAUGGAUGAAAUAAAUAACUAUAUGAUGAGUUUGAACCCAGCAGAAGCUAAAACUUAUUAUAGUUCCGAUACUACAUGUCAAACAGAGGCGAACAAUGACAUUUUGACAUCAAUACAUACACCUGAGUUCCUCAAAACAAUCAGAUGCUCUAGAGUGCCUAACCAUGAACUAACACUAAAAGUUGGGACCCCAAUCAUGUUAUUGAGGAAGAUAGACCACUCGGCAGGUCUAUGCAAUGGGACACGGUUGGUUAUAACCAACCUUGGGAAGCAUAUCAUAGAGGCAAAAUCCUUAUCAGGGAAUGGUCUUGGGGAGAAGGUGUACAUUCCGAGGAUGACUCUAACUCCAUUUGAUAAUAGGAUACCAUUUAGAUUUCAAAGAAGACAAUUUUCUAUAAUGGUUUCCUAUGCCAUGUCAAUUAAUAAAAGCCAAGGACAAUCUUUGUCAAAUGUAGGGUUGAUACUAAAGAAACCUGUUUUCACACAUGGUCAACUAUAUGUUGCAGUUUCAAGGGUUACACAUAGGAGAGGUCUCAAGAUUUUGAUAUGUCAUAAUGAGCAUAAAACUACAGAAAUAGACAAUGUAGUCUACAAAAAAGUGUUUAGGAACUUGGCAUAA